AUGUUGAGCGAUCAAAGUGGUGGAACGAUUGGUCAUUAUUCCGGUUUAGAAUUUGAUAUAAAAGAACACAUUAUAUUGGUAUUUCAUAGGAUAGAACAACAAUUGAUGAUUUUCGAGAAGCAGUCGCAAAGCCUUAAACCGAUUGCUUUCAUAUCGGUGGUUUUCAGCACAUUCGCAGUGUGUUCGGUCUUGAUUUCGUUUCCACUUAUUAUUAACUACAUACAAACUCUUGAGUCAACCGUUCAAAUUGAUCUCGAUUUCUGCAAGACUCGAGCCAAAGAUAUGUGGAAAGAAUUACUUGAUAUUCAGCUUGGCAAUAGGGCUGAUAAUAGGAAAAUAGCAGAAAUGUUGUUAUCUCAUCGAGAAUUACAUAAACGUGAUACGAUUGCUGAUUUUUGGGCAAGACGCCUUCGUGACCAAGAACUUAAAGAUGAGCAACAACGAUCGAAGCAAACUUUAAUUUUAUCGGCGAAAACAGCGGCAGUAACUACAUACAGUGCAGAAUCUUGUUGUACAUGUGAGCGAGGACUACCUGGACCACCAGGACCACCUGGACGAGAUGGGACCGAUGGGAUUGAUGGGGAACCUGGCCAGCUCGGCCCACCCGGAUCUCCUGCCCCCGUUACAUAUGACCUACAAACACUCUUUCCGCCACAGUGCCCAUGUGACGCACCAGCUGGUCCUCCAGGGCCAAAAGGAGCGCCAGGCCCAGAUGGCCCACCAGGACCACCAGGGCAGAAUGGCGAAGAUGGGAAGCCUGGAGAUCAAGGCCCUCGUGGGCCUCCUGGAUUGCCAGGCCAACCAGGGCAACCAGGUCGUGCUGGGCCGCCAGGGGAACCCGGAAUAUACCGCACUGAAGUUGGGCCACCUGGACGACCUGGUGCUCCAGGUAGACCUGGUGCACCUGGCCAAGCUGGGCCACCAGGUCCAAAUGGAGAGGAUGGCAAACCAGGGCCUGUUGGACCACCUGGACCUCCCGGAAAUCCCGGCUCACCAGGAUUGAAUGGACGACCAGGCGAACCUGGAAACCAAGGAGAAGCUGGAGCACCUGGAGGCUGUGAUCAUUGUCCACCGGCUCGACUUGCCCCCGGAUAUUAG